AUGCGCCCAUCCCCAUUUAUGGCCCGCCGCGGCCACGACCGCGGCCGCGACAGGGGGUACGGCGACAGGCACGCCCGCGACGGCGGCCGGCGCGGCGGCCGCAGCGACGAGGACGACGGCCGCGGCGGCCGCAACGGCAACGGCGGCGGCGGCGGCGGCGGCGGUGAGUCGCCAGUGGUGGUGGAGGACCUGCAGAUGGUGGACGAGGAGGAGGAGGAGCGGCGGCGCCUGGAGGAGAGCCGGCGGCGGCGCGCGGAGAUCCUCGCGAAGCACCAGCAGGCGGCGGCGGCUGCGGCGCCGACGGCGGUCGAGCGGGUCGCGCAGCAGCAGGCGGCCGCCGCGGGCGCCGGCAACGGCGUCGCGGCGCGCGAAGCGGCGGCGGCGGCGGCCGCGGACGGCGCAGCGGAGGAGGCCGGGGGCCGGCCCGCGGUUGAGGGGGAGCCUAGCCGCCCUGCCUCGCCGUCGCGCGGCGCGCCCGCCGGCGACGAGACGCCCGACGGCGCGCGCAGCAGCAGCAGCAGCGGCAGCGAGGACGCGGGGGGCGCCCCCGUCAUGGACGUGUUCAACUCCGCGCAGGCCGGCGCGGCCGACGGCGCGGGCGGCGCCGCCUCCGCGGCGGCGCCGCCGGCGGCGCUGGCGCCCGGGACGGAGCCCAACCUCCAAAGCGAGCGGCUGCGCGGGCAGCACAUGGAGGGCACGGCGGCGGCGGCGGCCGGCAAGGCGGCAGCAGGGGAGCCGCCAGAGGACGACAUGUUUGCGGAGGACUUUGAUGCAGCGGCGGCGGCAGCAGCCGCGGCGGCGGACGGCGGCGAGGGGGCGGGGGGCGGCGGCGGCGGCGGCGCGGGGGCUGCGGCGGGCAAGGGGCUGCACGAUGCGUAUGACGAUGCGGAGGGUUACUACAACUUCCAGGUUGGCGAGGUGAUGGACGGCCGCUACGAGCUGUCUGCCUGCAAGGGCAAGGGCGUGUUCAGCACGGUGCUGCGCGCCCGCGACAUGCUGCGCGCUGACGUGCACAACCCGCACGCCAAG